AUGAAUACUGGAACAGCUCUCAUUGGUGUUCAAGUGAUUCGAAGAGAAAAAAAUCAAAAUAUAAACAUCAGAGAGAUUAUUGAAUCUACGGCUAACAUAAGCUUCAUAAAAUACUUGUUCUUGUCUUUUUAUGGCGUAGUUUCUAUGAGAAACGCAAAAGGAUUUGAAGAUUGGGAAAGAUUUUCUGUUGAAUUUUCGUUCCCCUUAGAGUCCUAUUUAUUAAAUUUACUGUUAUGUCAAAAUAAUAACAUGGGUUAUUGCUUUCUAAAAGCAAUGCCGUCAGAAUCAAUUUCUUUGUUUGGGGUUCCUCAAACUAGUUCCCCAACAGGCGUUUUUUCUAAAGAUAUCUCCGUCUCUCGUGUGUUUGAUGGCAGUGAUGGUGGAAGGCCAAGCGGUGCAGGCAUCUUUAUUGGAGGCUUUGUUUUGGGUGGAUUAGUUGUUGGAACCCUCAGUUGUGUGUGUGCACCUCAGAUCAGCAAGGCUUUAGCUGGGGCUGAUAAAAAGGAUCUCAUGAAGAAAUUGCCCAAAUUCAUCUAUGAUGAAGAAAAAGUUUUGGAGAAGCAACGUCAGAAGCUGGCUGAGAAGAUCGAACAGCUCAACUCUGCUAUAGACAAUGUAUCCACUCAGCUGCGGUCAGACGACCCCCCAAAUGGAGAAGCUGUUAACUCAGACGAAGUUGAAUCUGUCGUAUGAGACUGUCAUGUUGAUCUCAUACAAAAUCUUGAACUGCUAUGCAAUGAUCUGUUUAACUUAGAAAACAAUGAAGUUGUCAUCUGAGAAAGCCCCGUUUUGCAAUUCUAGUCUUCUUGUUACUCAUUACCUGUUGACAUUGGAUCUAAACAAUGAAAGUUCAACUUCUUAUCAAUAUUAGGAAACGUUUGGCUGUGCUUAUAAGAA